UUUAUUUUCCCGUCCCUGAAGCUAUAACAAAAGAACCGACUUUCAUUAGAAACGUCAUAAUAUAUAUGUUUGUUUGUAACUGUGUAUACUUUUAUGGUGAAGGUGGCCAACCAGAAAUGGGCCCAUAUACCACGAACGACCUAACCUUAAGAACCAGUUGCCUGUCAAUUUCUAGUCUGCCUUUUUCCUAGCUUGUAAUUAGGUGUUCACUCUUGGAUACUCUGUGUAUUUACGCUAUACCUUCUCGCUUGAUUUUAAUAAAUUUCUUUUGAUCUGUCAUAAAAAAAGAAAAAAGAAAAAAAUUUCUAGUCGGUCUUUACUAACCCAUGGGUCAUGGUCCUUGCAACCAGUGUAUGGCUGUUAAAAUUGCAUCGAUUGGCAUCUGCGUGAGAGUGAACUUCCUAAAUAUUGCAUCCCACCCAAAUGUAAGAUGUCUUUCGACUUGGUUUGAGAUGUGUGUUGUAGAUACCACCUGAACUGGUGGAGCAUAACACGAUCUCUGGCGGGCAUGACUUUUGCUCUUUGCAAUUAGUUUUGAAGGAAAGCUUCCUUUUGGAGUCGGACCUGCUGGUUUGGUUUUCUGGUUGUGGGUCGUUAUUGAGAUUACAUGAGCAUGGUCUUGCUCUCAAUAUUGGACAUAAUUUUUUUUUCCCCUUCAAACUGAUUCUUUACUUUAUGUCAAUUGCACUGGAAAAGCAUUUCCUCUGCCAGGAUGGACUUGCCAGUUCAGUGACAUGUAGCUUUAGGACUGCCUUGCGUCAUGCCUUGCGCAAUGACUUCUUUUUGGUCAUUAAUCCAUUGCUCCUUCACUCACAGGACAACUUGCCGCGAAAGCUGGCUGUCUGUGUUUGAUAUUUUCUUUUUUAAUUUCUUAAAAAAUGCCUGUAGUUUGAAAACUCGGGAAUUAGUCAAUGUCUUUGUCACUGCUUUACCUGAUCGACAGUCUGGGUCUGUAAAGCUGAGAUUGAUUUUACUUGAGGCUGGUUCUAUGUUUCCUUAUAUCAUAUGAUUGCUUUACUGAAACAGUCCUCAAGCUUAUGGUCCCAGUUAGAUUAUUAAUGAAUGAUGAGUUUGAUCCUUGUCUUUUGAGGAGCUUCUGCGAAAGUAUAUUUGUCUACACGUUCAUGGUGAAUGAUUGAUCAACAUGUGGGGGUUCUUUCUAUUUAAUUUAUAGGGGAUGCUGUCGUUCUAGAUCCAAUCCCUAUACUAGAUGUAGUAGGUGCACGAGAGUCAGGGAAUACGUACCAAACAAAGUAUACGUACUCGUGAAUGAAUCUUUUAUUCACAAGUACAGAAAAAUCUUUUCUUUCUUUCUAUUUAUUGGUCAACUCAUAGUUUGGUGAGGGAAAAUGGCAUUUGCGUUGAUUUCUUAUAUGUUUUCCAAUUUCCACAAAUACAUGGACUAUUCACAUCUAUGAUACAUUGACUGUUUAAAGAAUGUCAUUGAUUCAAACAGCGGCCAUUUCUUCAAAAUCUUGCCCAUAAAAAAAGAAUAAAAUUUUCUUGGUUCACUGAAUAAGGACGCAAUAUAAUAUUGGUGGCAGAAAAAAAAGGCUUUGCUUAAAAUACUUAAAAAUACUAAUAGCCUUUACGCCUCUGAAUGGACAUUUAAGCUGUAUUUUUGCAAAAUGGGACUCAUCAGGUUGCCUGUACUUAAAGACAUCAAACAAAAAAUAAUCAUAUUACCCAAAUUGGCUUAAUUUAAGAGAGUUCUUAUGGUGAUCAAUCCAAGGUGGCUGAGAAUCCUUGCAGUUAUGCAUUGCUGUCGUCUUUUGCAUACAAAAAACAGCGAGCUAACAAGAAAAGGGAUAGAGCUCCAACUCUCAAUGCCAAUUUCUCAACAACCCACCCCCCCCCCCCCCCCCCCCCCCCCCCCCCCCCAAACACCACUUGCAGAUAAAGCAAUCAAACUGUUGGCUAAAGUCAACCAUUGCAUGCUUGUCCUUCUCGUGGGUCUAACAAAAAGAACUUUCCAAGAACAUGAACACGCACGUAAGUCCAGGAUCUUCACAACUUUACUCAGCACAUUGCUUUACCUCUUUUCUUGGUUCUUCUUUUUAUUUUCCUGUUUUAUUUCUAUUUGUUUAUUUUUUUUCUUCAGUUGCAGGUCAUAUAUACAAGUGCCAGCUAAAUCUCACGCAAAAGCAUUUGCUUUCACACUUGAAUACCUGUUUUGCUUCACGGUUGCAUGCAAUAUGUAUCGUGGAGAGGGAGGUGAGAGAGGAUUGAAGCAUUUUAACAGGCGAUUCUCUAUGCAAGUGAUAGUAAAAGCUUUACUCUCUCUCACACUUGAAUACUCGCCUUCACUUCAGGGGUUUGGUCGGCUUGACUUUCCCUGCUUCAAGUUGUUCACACUUGGCUUGCUAUCCAACGCUGAAGCAGUUGCAGAGAGUCUAGAGUAGAGAAGAGAUAGAGAGGAGUGAAGCUUUCGAAUCCAUGGGCUCCUGUUUUAGCGUUAGGAUCAAAGCUGAGAGCCCUCUUCACAAUGAUGUGAACUCCACGUAUGGAAACAAAGAAGGGAACGAUUUGAGUUGUACAAGCAGCAAGGCUUCACCUAUCUCAGUGCCUACAACUCCUCGGACAGAGGGUGAGAUCUUGCAGUCUUCCAAUUUGAGAAGCUUCUCCUUUAAUGAACUCAAAACAGCCACCAGGAACUUUCGUCCUGAUAGUGUGUUGGGUGAGGGCGGUUUUGGUUGUGUUUUCAAAGGAUGGAUCGAUGAGCGUUUAUUUACAGCUGCCAAGCCUGGGACUGGUAUGGUUAUUGCCGUGAAGAGGCUUAACCAAGAAGGUUUCCAGGGUCACCAUGAAUGGUUGGCAGAAAUAAAUUACCUGGGGCAGCUGCAUCAUCCAAAUCUAGUGAAAUUGGUUGGUUACUGCUUGGAAGAUGACCACCGGCUUCUGGUGUAUGAAUUUAUGGCCCGGGGCAGCUUGGAGAAUCAUUUAUUUAGGAGGUCUUCUUAUGUUCAGCCACUUUCUUGGAGCCAUCGCAUGAAGAUCGCACUGGGUGCUGCUAAGGGCAUUGCGUUUCUUCACAGUGACAAAGUGCAAGUGAUCUAUCGAGAUGUCAAAUCUUCUAACAUCCUGCUAGACAGUAACUAUAAUGUGAAACUGUCGGAUUUUGGGUUGGCCAAGGAUGGUCCAACGGGCGACAAAAGCCAUGUCUCUACAAGGGUUAUGGGGACCUAUGGGUAUGCAGCUCCUGAGUAUAUGGCCACAGGUCAUUUAACUAUCAGAAGUGACGUAUACAGUUUUGGGGUUGUUCUCCUAGAAAUAUUAUCUGGCAAACGAGCAAUGGACAAGAACAGGCCAGGUAGAGAACAAAAUCUAGUUAAUUGGGCCAAGCCUUGCCUUACCAGCAAACGAAAAGUUUUCGAAGUGUUUGAUGCUCGUAUCCAAGGCCAGUACUCCUUGUCUGCAGCACUGAAAGCAGCCAACCUUGCAAAUCAAUGCUUAUCAGUAGAACCCAAGUUCAGGCCAAACAUGGUUGAGGUGGUCAGAAUAUUGGAGCAACUUCAUGAUUCGAAUGACGUUGGAUGCUCUCAAAAUGAACACCAACGAAUUUCUACUCGAAAAUCAACAGGCAACGGUCCCAAACAUCGCAGGAUGAGUGCCGAUGGAGCUUGCAAUGAGAAGGCUGCUAAAUAUCCCAGACCAUCUACUUCUAGCCUUGAUAUAUGAAACAAGUAAAAGGCAUUCAGCACAUGUAUUUUUUUUAUAUUUAUUCACUCCCAAAGAGGUAAAAAAGAAGAAGCAAGAAUAAACGGAUGGUUGAUUGGAUGAACAUCAUAUCUUGUGGUCGGCGUAUGUAUUACCGCUAUUGACUUUUGUACAGUUUUUGUUUUGUUAAUGAUUUCAAAAAAUCGUGUUAACUUUAAUA